AUGUUGGUGAUUAAAUUUUAUUUAUUUAUUUAUUUAUUUUUUAUUUUAUUAUCUUCAAAAUUAUAUACUGUCAAUUCAAUUCAAUGUUGUGUAGGCUCAGAUAAUACAUGUUCAAUGACACCUGUUGAUUGUCCUUCGAAUGUUUGUUUCAAACUAGUAAUUAGUAAAGCAUCAGAAGAACGUGGAUGUAUGAAUGAUCUUAUUGCUUUAGUCAAUGUACCAAAUAUCGGUCCUAAUCCAUUAAAUGAUGAUAGUGGAUCAUCGAAUGAUCAAUGUCAACAAUCAGAUACACAAGGAACUGGAAUGUCUUUAUAUUUUAUUAAGAUUUAUAUACUAAUCGAAAAUCAUUUUUACGAUACUCCAUUAACUCUAUUGAAAGAUAUUUCUGGUUGGUUACAACCAAAUGUUGCUACAAAAAAAUAUUAUCUCUAUAAUGGCAUAAUGUAUCAAUAA